AUGUCCGGUGUCCGCCUCGUUGAUCAGUGGAUUGAAAAUGAGAAUGUCACUGCAAUCUUGUACGGUAGUCUCUUGGGCCAAGAAUUCGGAAACUCCAUUGUCGACGUGCUCUACGGCGAUGUCAACCCCAGUGGCCGCUUGAUCCACACCAUCGCAAAGAACGAGAGCGACUACAAUGUCGACAUCUGCUACACCCACAACUGCAACUUCACCGAAGGCAACUUCAUUGACUACCGAUACUUCGACGCUGCUAAGGUUACGCCUCGCUUUGAGUUCGGCUAUGGUCUCUCUUACACCAACUUCACCUACUCUGGCUUGCAGAUCAAGUCGCCGGCCCCGCUGUCCUUAUACCCCACUGGCAAGCUCUCCGUGGGUGGUUACGAAGACCUUUGGGAUGUUGUUGCCCAUGCCAGCGCUACCAUUCGCAAUACUGGCUCUGUCGACGGUGCAGAGGUUCCCCAGCUUUACAUCGGGUAUCCCAAGGCAGCGAAGCAACCAUUGCGUCAACUGCGUGGCUUCCAGUCUAUCGACAUCAAGUCUGGGCAGCAGAAAUAG